AUGCCUCAGGUCACCAAGGCCACUGAGCCGCCGCAUUUAGCUACCGACGCUCAUGUCAAAUAUAUUCAAAGCCUCGAUACCAGGACUGACGAGGUUGAUUACUGGCUUACCGAGCACCUUCGUUUGAACGGUGUCUACUGGGGUCUAAACGCCCUGCAUCUCUUGCGCCGCCCCGAUGCGCUUCCUCGCCAAGAAACCAUAGACUUCAUCCUGUCGUGUCAGCAUGAAAGCGGCGGUUUUGGCGCUGCUCCGGGUCACGACGCGCACAUGCUCUCUACCGUCAGUGCUGUCCAGGUCUUGACUAUGGUAGACGGCCUCGAUGACCUUGAGGCGCGCGGUAAGGGUCAGGGCAAAGCACAAGUCGGAAAAUUCAUGGCCGACUUGCAGAAUCGCGAAACUGGCAGCUUUUUUGGCGACGAGUGGGGCGAGGAAGACACCCGGUUCCUGUACGGAGCUUUCAACGCUCUGUCACUGCUAAAAUUACUGCAUCUUGUCGAUAUUAAUAAGGCUGUCGACUUCAUCGUGAGCUGUACCAACUUUGACGGUGGCUUCGGUGCCAAGCCCGGCGCAGAAUCACACUCGGCGCAAAUCUUUACGUGCCUAGGCGCUCUCUCCAUCGCCAACCGUCUUGACCUCGUCGACAAGGAGAAGCUCGGUCGCUGGCUCAGCGAAAGACAACUACCCGGCGGUGGACUGAAUGGGAGGCCCGAAAAGUCGGAAGACGUAUGCUACAGCUGGUGGGUGCUGUCGAGCCUCGCCAUGAUUGAUCGCACACACUGGAUCGACCGUGAGGGGCUUAUCAACUUCAUUCUGAGCACGCAGGAUCUCGAGAAUGGAGGGUUCUCCGAUGCCCGCGGAAACAUGGUCGACAUCUUUCACACGUGCUUUGGGUUGGCUGGCCUGAGCCUCUUGGGAUAUCCUGACCUUGAGCCAGUAGACCCUCGAUACUGCAUGCCCAAGAAAAUUACGCAAAAAGCUCUGAGCUAA